GUCGCGCGCGUCCUCGUCGUCCUCGACGCCCUCCUCUCCGUCGCGAUCGUCCGUCGCGUCGCGUACACGAACAUAGACUGGAACGCGUACAUGGGCGAAGCGCGCGGGUACGCGUCGGGGGAGCGCGACUACGCCAAGCUGAGAGGCGACACCGGGCCGCUGGUGUACCCCGCGGGGUUUCUGUAUCUCUACGACGCGCUGCGACGCGUCACGGACGACGGCGCGGACGUGCGACGCGCGCAGAUGAUCUUCGUGGUGGUCUACGCCGCGCAUCAGGCCGCGGCGAUGGCGGUCACCGUCAAAGCGCGCGUCGUCCCGCCGUGGGCGUUAUCGCUGCUGUGCGUCUCGAAGCGAAUACACUCCGUGUUCGCGCUGCGGAUGUUCAACGAUGGCGUCUGCUCGCUCGUCGCGUGGGUCGCGAUCUGGCUCGCGCAGUCCAAACGCUUCGUCGCCGCCGCCGUCGCGUUGUCCGUCGCGGCGUCGGUGAAGAUGAACGCGCUGUUGUUCCUGCCGCCGUUCCUCGUCCUGCUCGUCGGCCACGAGCGCGUCUCGACCGCGUGCGUUGCCGUCGGGGCGUUCGUCGGCGUGCAAGUCGUCGUCGGGUGGCCGUUCCUGUCGACGUACCCGCGAGAGUACGUCGGUCGCGCGUUCGAGUUGGGUCGGAAGUUUACUUACGAGUGGACGGUGAACUGGAAGUUCGUGUCGAUCGAAACGUUCUCGAGCGAUGCGUUUUCGUUAGGGUUACUCCUCGCGCACGUCGCCAUCCUCUUCGCGUUCGCGCACGCGCGGUGGUAUCGCAGAGGGGGCGGGUUUUUCCCCGCUUUUUUCGUGGACUUUUUCGAGCGCGCGCGAACCGACGCGGCGGCGUCGAAGCGGUUGAAAUCGCUGACGGCCGCGGACGUCGUCUGCGCGAUGGCGGAGGGGAACUUCAUCGGGAUCGUCUUCGCGCGGUCGCUGCAUUAUCAGUUCUACGCGUGGUACUUUCACUCCUUGCCGUUGCUGUUGUGGUCGAUCAGCUCGAACGGAUCCCGUCGCGGCGGAAAGGGCGGCGGGCGGCUGCGGCGCGCGCUCGCCGUAGCCGCGAGGGUGGGCGCGAUGGGUGCGAUCGAGUGGUGCUGGAACGUGUACCCCUCGACGCCGACGUCGUCGCUCGUGUUGUUCGCGACGCACGCGGCGUUGCUUAUGUCGCUGUGGCUCGGC